AUGUUAUUCGGAACGAUGGACGCCGACGAUCAGAAAUUAAUAGACGAGCAACUGCAAACGUUACGAACAAACGGCAAGGUACUGCAGCACGCAGUAGCAAAUCAAAUAAGAAUAAUCAACGCCACAAUAGCGCACUUGGACGAAUUAGAAAAUACUCUAAACUAUAACAAAAAUCUGAUAAUGAGUGCGACAAAACGACUAGAACAACGGUUGACCGAGUCCACACUACAGGCAGACGUAGACGAACACUUACUAAUCCUGACAAUGAUAAUGAAUGAUUUAACGAAGGACACGGAAAAUGUAAUAGACUACCUGACAUACGGGAAAAACGGAAUGAUACCGACACGACUAUUACUCAUCAAACACAUAAUAACAGCCCUCAAAGAAGCGGCUACACAAUUAACCAUGGGAUUACACUUUCCUUUUAAAAUCCAGAUUGAGCACUGGCAGACAAUACACACAUACAUUACUUUUAGCGCGUAUUCAGAUGGUCCAUACAUAUACACAAUCUUGCGAUUUCCGGUAGUAGCAUACCCUACAUUUAAACUAGUUAAAGCAAUACCGUUACCGGUACACGAUCAUGCGAAUGUAUUCGCCUACGUAAAAAUAAAUCAUCCUUUGUUAGCUAUAGAUAAAGAGAAUCACCAUUACAAAUUACUAGAGGAAGUAGAGUUAGAACGCUGCAUACGAGAAACAAACACAUACACACUGCGAACAGAACUUCGCGAUAUAUUAUGCGGAAACAACAGCAUCAUGCGAGGUGCAAAUAUAUACAUACACCAGGACAGCUCAAUUACUGCAUACGAUUAUAUUACAGUUACGCGACAACAUAUAUAAACUAGCCAGUAAGAUCACCUUCCAUCGAAGGGGGAGGGAUGUCGCGAGCGCCGAGAACGCAAUCACGCCCACCGCUGACAAAGCGGAUUGCGGCAAGCGAUACUUUACAAAAGAAUCAUAUGAUAUCUAACACACCGUUGUGGAUAGCAUUGACGGAGGAGCAAGUGGCUUUAGUGGCUCCACGACACAUAAGGAAAUUAGCAUUAAGUGCGAAAAGCAAAUAGAAGAGAAAAUUAUAUUAGAAGAAACCAGAAAAAUAAAACUAAAA